CGAACAAAAAACCACACAGUGACAUGAACACUUUGCGCCUUGCUGCUCGUCGUGCUUAUUCUACGGUUCAACCCGGUUCUAGACCAGGUAUUACUAAUGGCUUCGUUGGUGCCAUUGGCAAUACUCCUUUGCUUCGCUUGAAUCGUCUCAGUCAAGAAACCGGUUCCGAGAUUCUUGCCAAAGCCGAGUUUAUGAACCCCGGUGGUUCCGUUAAGGAUCGUGCUGCUCUUUUUGUGGUGAAGAAUGCCGAGGAAAAGGGAUUGAUCAAGCCCGGAGGUACUAUUGUUGAAGGAACCGCUGGUAAUACCGGCAUUGGUCUGGCCCAUGUCUGUCGUGCCAAGGGUUACAAGUGUGUCAUUUACAUGCCAAACACUCAGUCCCAGGAAAAGAUUGAUCUUUUACGUAUGCUCGGUGCCGAAGUGUAUCCUGUGCCUGCUGUGGCUUUUGAUAACCCUGAGAACUACAACCACCAGGCAAGACGUCAUGCCGAAUCGUUGGACAAUGCUGUGUGGACAAAUCAGUUUGAUAACAUCGCCAACCGUCGUGCGCACAUUGAAACCACUGGUCCUGAGAUUAUGGCCCAAACUGAUGGCAAAGUCGAUGCAUUUACUUGCGCUACCGGUACCGGUGGAACCCUGGCUGGUAUCACCCGUUACCUCAAAGAUCAAAAGGGCGAUGAUGUCAAGAUCUUCUUGGCUGAUCCUCCUGGAUCGGUAUUGUAUAGCUAUAUCAAGAGCAAGGGCAAGAGCAUGGAGCGUCAAGGAGCGGGCUCCAUCACUGAAGGAAUUGGUCAGGGCCGUGUCACGGAUAAUUUGGCUCCCGAUGUGGAAUUGAUCGAUGAUGCCGUUCAUAUUCCUGACGAGGAAUCCAUCAAGAUGGUGUACCGUCUCUUGGACGAGGAGGGUAUUUAUGUUGGAGCGUCUUCCGCGUUGAACGUGGUGGCGGCUGUUGAAGUGGCCAAGAAAGUCGGACAAGGCAAGACCAUUGUCACGAUGUUGUGCGACGGUGCCUACAGAUACCAAUCCCGAUUAUUCAGCCGUACAUGGCUCGAAUCCAAAAACUUGGCGACAGCGAUUCCCGAUCACUUGCAAAAGUACAUUGUUCUUCCCUAGACAUCAAUACGUUUAGAAAGUUGUACUUUUAUGUUUACGACCCUACGUUUAAAAUUUUGUUGUUUAAAUUGAACGACCGUGAACGCAGGACCUUUGGUUGAGGAUCUCGACCUGCAGUCAGUUGAAAUAGAUCGAAACGGAUAAAUAAAAAAGCUCUGUGACAGAAAACA